AUGGCAGAGAAGCGGAGAGCCUCGCCUUGCACCGUGCUGAGCCUCAAGGCUCACGCGUUCUCCGUGGAGGCGUUGAUCGGAGCCGAGAAACAACAGGAGCAGCCGCGGCAAUCGCAGCAACAUCCGCCGCCGCAGAAGCGACGAAAGCUGGCUGGAACCAACGGGGAAGAGACGCCGUCCGAAGGCGGCAGCCACGGGAAUAGCUGCGGCACGGAGACCGGCGAAGGCGCCGGGCAGAGCGCCACUUCGCCCUCCAGCGCUGAGACCUGCUCGGCCGCGCCUGAAGCAGCGAAGACUUGUGGCGCCCGGGAGGUACCUCCCGGUGGGUGUGAAGAGGGUUUCUUAAACGGUACGUCGCCCACUCUGACUUCUGCAGGCCCCGCCAAGGCUGCCUCGCCUUCACUUGCCCCGCAAGUGCCUCGGGUGGACCUGCAAGGCGCGGAGCUCUGGAAACGUUUUCACGAGAUCGGCACCGAGAUGAUUAUUACCAAAGCGGGAAGGCGGAUGUUUCCUGCAAUGAGAGUGAAAAUUUCAGGCCUAGAUCCACAUCAGCAAUAUUACAUUGCUAUGGAUAUUGUCCCUGUAGACAGCAAAAGAUACAGGUAUGUUUAUCAUAGUUCCAAAUGGAUGGUAGCUGGAAAUGCUGACUCACCCGUUCCUGCCCGUGUGUACAUUCAUCCAGAUUCACCUGCUUCAGGAGAGACUUGGAUGCGGCAAGUGAUUAGCUUUGACAAACUGAAGCUUACAAACAAUGAACUGGAUGACCAGGGUCAUAUAAUUCUUCAUUCUAUGCACAAAUACCAGCCACGUGUCCAUGUCAUUCGAAAAGACUGUGGGGACGAUCUCUCCCCAGUCAAACCCAUUCCUUUUGGGGAUGGCGUGAAGGCAUUCACUUUUCCCGAAACUGUUUUCACUACUGUCACAGCAUACCAGAACCAACAGAUCACCAGACUCAAGAUUGAUAGAAAUCCUUUUGCAAAAGGAUUUAGAGAUUCAGGGCGCAACAGGAUGGGACUGGAAGCUUUAGUAGAAUCUUACGCAUUCUGGAGGCCUUCACUGAGAACACUUACAUUUGAAGAUAUACCUGGAAUUGCAAAACAAGGAAACACUGGUUCUUCCAGCCUGCUCCAGGGAUCUGCCAAUGGGGUACCAUCUACUCAUCCACAUCUCCUUCCUGGGUCACCUUGUUCUUCUCCUGCUUUUCACCUCACUCCCAAUACUAGCCAAUUCUGCAGCCUUGCUUCAGCUGACUAUACAGCCUGUGCUCGCUCAGGUCUAACCCUUAACAGGUACAGUACUUCCUUGACUGAAACCUACAACAGGCUUGCCAAUCAAACCAGUGAGACCUUUGCAACCCCAGCAACUCCCUCUUACGUUGGUGUAUCAAAUGGUUCAGCUGUGAAUAUGCCUGUGGCAGGUAGUGAUGGUGAUGCAUUCAGUUGUCCGCAGGCGGGAUUAUCAAUGCAAAUUUCAGGGAUGUCUCCACAACUCCAGUACAUUAUACCUCCUCCAUCUGGCAAUGCCUUUCCAGGAAAUCAGACCCAUCCAAACUCUUACAACACUUUCAGGCUGCAUAGUCCUUGUGCUCUGUAUGGAUACAACUUCUCCACUUCCCACAAACUGGCUGCAAGUCCUGAGAAAAUUGUUUCUUCCCAAGGAACUUUUUUGGGGUCAUCACCAAGUGGAACCAUGACUGAUCGACAGAUGUUGCCCCCUGUAGAAGGAGUGCACUUACUUAGCAGUGGGGGGCAGCAAAAUUUCUUUGACUCUAGGACCCUAGGAAGCUUAACACUGUCAUCAUCUCAAGUAUCUGCACAUAUGGUUUGA